AUGCCAAAUAGAUAUAAUUUUAUAAUUCCUGCAAAAACUAGGAUUUUACUAGUUCCCAUAAACAAUUGUACUUUAACAAAUUUUAAUAGAUAUGUGGAAUUAAUUAAAACAAAUAUUACUGAUCUACGACUAUUAGAUUUAAAACCACAACCAAAUUUACAAUUUUUCAAUCCUAGUUCAUUUCCUGAAGGUAAAAUAUAUCCAGAAUUUAUAAUUUCUUCAAUUGAUAAUGAUUCAUUAUAUUUACAUGAAUUUGAACCAUUUAGAAAAACAUUUAUUGUUUUAGGAAUUGGACCAUAUGCAGAUCAAAACCAAUCAUUAGAUCAACUUAAAAAAAUACAUAAUUCAGCUAUUAAUCACAAUAUUAUAUUAUUCGAUACACCAGAAUCUGAACUCCAACAACCACAAUCACCGAUUUUUUAUCAUAAUGGAACAACAUCUCACCUCACUGCAUUGGAAACAAUAUUUGUAGAAAUUUUUAAUUCAUUUUUAAUAGCAUUAGACGAAUAUGCAUCAGCAUAUAGUAAUAUCACUUUAAGAUCACCAGUUUCAAUUACCGAUAGCCACAUUCUUACAAAAACCAUAAAUCAAGCACAAAAGAGACUAAGUUCUGGUUCAACUUCAUACAAGGCUACUUUUAGUAACGAUUCACAAGAAAAACUAUCAGAAAAGUCAACAAAAUAUUCUGGUCGUCAUUUGAAAUUAUUGGGGAAUUUAUAUUUAUUAGCUGGUAAAUACAAUGAAGCAAUUAAUAACUUUACUGAAAGUUUAACUACAUUAAAAAAAUAUGAUGAUUUUUUAUGGUUAGCUUCUGCAUUGGAAGGAUUAUCAGUUUCAAUUUAUUUAUCAUCACAAGUUGGGUACCAUCAACAAUUAAAUCAGAAUAUUUCAUCAUUAUUACAUGUAACUAAAUCUUCAUUAUCUGUGGAUUCAUACCCGAAAAAAUCAUCAUUAGAAUCAAAUGGUUCAAAAUUAUCAAUAACAUCACCUAGAAAUUCAAUGACUAGUACUACAAAUGGAUUUACAUUACCAUUAUCUUCAUCAAUUGAUAUAAAUUCAUUAUCUACUCCAGAAUUACUUAAAAUAUUUCUCACAAAAGCCAUAUAUUUUUAUAGUCAAAGUACAAAUGACCCAGAAGAUAUGGUACCUGAUGUUGUUUAUAUUGAAUGUGUUUUAAGAAAAUUAGAUUUAAUGAUGGAGCAUCAUCACCAAGCAUUUCUGACUCAGGAUAUAACAUGUGAUAUAGAUAAGAUUUUUUUAUUACAACUAAUAGAUUUAAAUAUUUUAGAUCAAUGUCAUAUAUAUACUUAUAUUGCAUCUAUAUAUGAAAAAAUGGGAUUUUUCAGGAAACAAGCAUUUAUAUUAAGGAUUCAUUUAGUUGCAUUAAUUACAGCAUUUGAAAAAUUAAAAGAUUUAAAGAGUGUAAAAACAUUAUUAGAAAAAUUAUUUUCAUUAUAUGGAAUAGAUUCAGAACCUGCAAAUGCAUCAGUAGGUAAAACUCAAUUAAGUUGGACUUCAUUACAAAUCCAAGUUUUAAAAUUAGCGUUAAAUUCAGCUGAAAGAAUAGGUGACCAACAACUACUACUUCAAUUAUGUAUAGUAUUACUUUCUAGAUACACUCAAUGUUUAUCUCAUGAUGAUCAAAUUAAAUUAAAAACAAUGACUGAAAAAAUUUUAUAUACCACCAAAUCAAAAAUACCUUAUUGGGAUCCUUUUUUGGUUAGAAAAGUUAAAUUUGUAUCUACACGACAAAAGGAGACAUUGAUUCCAUUAGUUGAAGAAGUUAAAACUAAACAAAUUGAACCAUUUUUUGAUCCAUAUAACCCAAAAAUUACAGAAGAUUUAAAAUUAGAUAGACUUUUAGUGCAAGAUGAAGUUAACCAAUUAAAAAUUACUUUACAAAAUCCUUUUUUAUUUCCUAUUGAUAUUAAUGAUUUGAAGGUUGUUAGUGAAGGUAUUGAGGUAGAAACUUUAAAAUCAAUAACUCAAGUAAAUCAAAAUUCACCAGCAUUUAAUAAAUUACGAAACAACAUCAAGAGAAAUGUCACUGCAACAAAUUUAUCAACUCAGACCACCCCCAUUAAUCCUGCAUUAUUUACCAUACAACCAGCAUCAACUGAGCAAAUUAUUGUACCAUUUAAACCUUUAAGUAGUGGAGAUUUUGAAAUCAUUGGAUUUGAAAUAACAAUAGGUUCUUGUGAAAAGCAAUUUUUCCAUAUAGUAGAUCAAGAAAAACAAAAUUUUACAAUAAACACUAAAAAAUUAAAAAAUAUAGAUCCAAUAAUUGAUAAACUUAUAACAAAUUUAAAGCAAGGAGGUACGGAAAAAUAUGUAACUUAUAGAUCAUUACCACUUACGGUCAUCCCACCACAACCAACUUUAAAACUUAUAGAACUUUCAAUUCCUAAUGGAUGGAUUAUGUUAUUAGAAGGGGAAAAAUUUCAAUUUGAAGUUAAAUUAGCUAAUGAUUCCAAUAAAAUAAUAAAUUAUUUAUCUUUUUCAUUUAUGGAUUCAGCUAUUGAUUAUAUAAAUAGAAGUUUACAACAACAUAAUUUAAAUGCUGCUGAAAUUUAUGAAUUAGAAUGGAAUUUAUUGAAUUUUAAAUCUUUUAAAAUUUUGAAUAAAGAUAUUAUUGGUGAAAAUAUUCAACCUGGUGAAGAAAUUAUCAUCAAGUAUGAAUUAACUAGUAGGAAAUAUAUGAGAGAACUGAAGAUUAUUUUAGAUUAUGGUAAUAAUAGUAAAGAAAAAUCAUUUUUAAAACAAUUGGAAAUACCUAUUUUGGUAUCUGUUAUGCCAAGUUUAGAAAUUGUUGGUUGUGAUAUUAUAUCCACUUAUCCAAUUGAAAAUUUUGAAAUUAAGGAUAAAUCAAAAUAUUGUAUAUUGGUAUUAGAUUUAAGAAAUUCAUGGACUGAAAAAUUACAAUGUGAUUUGAAAUAUGAAAUUUAUCAAAAAACUGAUUCAAUUGAAUCAAAUAAAACUAAGAGAUAUUUUAUACCAAUGAAAAAAAUUCACUUAAUUAAAGAAAAUAAUGAAAUUCCAUCAUUACGAAAGAAACAAUUCAUUAGAGAUUAUAAUAUGUCAGAUGAAGAACAAAUUCAAAUGAAAAAAAUCUUUUGGUUGAAACAAGAAGUUUUGAAAAAAUUAAGUGGGAAUUGGAGCACCAAUACAAGAUCAGGGAUAAUAGAUUUAAGAUGUUUUAGAUUAACUCAAAAAAUGGCUAACCUUCUCAUGCUAAAUCCAAUAGAAUUAACUACCAAAAUAGUAGAAACAAACUCCGAAUUAAUUAUUGAUGAAUUUUAUACUAUUGAAACAACAAUUACAAACCACUCCAAAAAAGAAAUUAAAGGAUUUAUUCGUCAAUUACCUAUACAAUUCACAUCAAGUAAUAGUUUAAAUACCAACAACAUCAAUAUAAAUAAACAAAUAUCAAUUGAUAGAAAAAUUUUAUUUAAUGGAGUAUUACAACAAAAAUUUAAAGUAUUACCAAAUUCCACAUAUAUUCAAAAAUUAAAUUUUGUUAUUAUUGAUAAAGGUGAAUAUGAAUGGGGUACAAUUCUUGAUUCUGAACAUUGUAUAAGUAGUACAUUAAAUAUAAUUGCAAAAUAA